AUGAAACAAGAAGCGUUGACGGCCGUGACCUCAAUGCUCAAGACAAAAACCAGGUGUCAGUUAGGCCCAUGGACACCUUCCAAUCCCCGUCCGCAGUGUUUGUCCUGUUCGUCGGUGGACUGGCGGGGUGGCACGCUCGGGCAGCGCUGGAAAAAGGACGAAGCGUCCUCGGUUUGCCACUGUGCCUGUCACUGCAGCUGUGAGUUGGGAGGUUCGGCGAUCUGGACAUUCUUGUUGGGCGUGAGCGUGAUCAUUCUAGUUGUGUUGGCUGCCGGCUUUCUUCGUUUUGAGAAGGGAUUAGGUUGGGGGCACUCUUCAUCUCCUAGUUCACCACAAAAAGGCACGAAGGGUGUCUUUGGCACCACCGGCAAGUUGAGCUUGGUGGAUUAG